UAAGCAAAUGACUUUCAUUAGUGGAAUAUAUCGAAACUGGUUUAGGUAUUAGUUUGUGGUAUAUAUGCACACGUGGCUAUUUAUGCAGUUUCUGAUAAGGAUAAAAAACAAUGAAAGGUUUACACUAAGUAUCGGAAUAGGUGGCUGACAUUUUGAAGUUAAUAUUUACGAAGGCAGCGAUUGGAUAAUUUUGUUGACGUCACUUGUCGCCAUAUUUUGGUACAGAGAGUAAGUGGCGCUCAAAUUUUAUUGCAGGGCAUUUUUUUAAACCAAACAUGUCUUCGGAAGAUUUGUCAGUUGAACAAACGUCAGGCGACCAAACAGUACCUGAUAACGACAGUCAGGAAGAACAGAGAGAAUCACCGACGCCGAAAGGGGAGUUCGUUCAUCCAGCACCCCCAAAGAAGUUGUCAACAAGGGAGGAAAUGAUGCAGGAAGAAAAGAAAGAGGAGAAGAAAUUGAAGAGUAAAUAUCCUAACUUUAACUCGAAGGCAGGAGGUUCAGCCUUGCUGGCUAAGAGGAUGCAACAGAGGAAAUAUUUCGAUUCCGGAGAUUACAUGAUGGCACAAGCAAAAGUGAACAACCCAAAGAUCCCCCUUGCUGCAAAAGAGAAGAAGAUGAUAUUACAGGAAUCCAUGGGUGAUGCUAUCCCUACUCCAGAAGAUCUGCCUCCUCGCAAAGCCUCAUUAGCAACAAGUAAACUGGCAUCUGGACAGCUGGCUGGCCCACUGAUGUGAACAUUGACACUGCGCAGCAAUCCUCAAUCAUUACACAUUAAAAAUACAAGGCAAUACAUUUCGCUGUGUAGAACAUUUUUCUGUGGGAGAGAGCUGACCUGUGUCUAUUCAUCGUUAAAAUCUGGUUAUUGUCACUGGUUGGAUGAUGAUUAUUGUAUCAUACCAGUAGCAAGCCACUUCCACAGGAGUAGAGAUAAUCACAAGGAUUUACUGUGAUCAACUUUGACACAGAUCUGUGAGCAGUGAUUGGCUCUGUAGUCAAAUUUGACAUAAAGAAUUGUCAGCAGUGAUUGGCUGCUGCAGUCAAUUUGACAUAGUAUCGUCAGCAGUUGAAUUUAAUAGAUUAUUGUCAGCAGCUAACUUUGACACAUUAUUGUUAGCAGUGAUUGGCUGCUGCAGUCAACUUUUGAUUCAUUAUUGCCAACAGUGAUUGGCUGCAGCAGCCAACUUUGACACAUUAUCGUCAGCAGUGAUUAGCUGCUGCAGUCAACUUUGACACAAUAUUGUUAGUAGUGAUUGGCUGUAGCAAUCUACUUUGACAUACAGUAUCGUCCUCAUUGAUUGGCUGCUGCAGUCAACUUUGACACAUUAUUAUUAGCAGUGAUUGGCUGCAGCAGCCAACUUUGAUAUGUUAUUGUCAGCAGUGAUUGGCUGCAGCAGCCAAUUUUGAUAUGUUAUUGUCAGCAGUGAUUGGCUGCUGCAGUCAAUUUGACAUAGUAUCGUCAGCAGUUGAAUUUAAUAGAUUAUUGUCAGCAGCUAACUUUGACACAUUAUUGUUAGCAGUGAUUGGCUGCUGCAGUCAACUUUUGAUUCAUUAUUGCCAACAGUGAUUGGCUGCAGCAGCCAACUUUGACACAUUAUCGUCAGCAGUGAUUGGCUGCAGCAGUUAACUUUGACACAUUAUCUUCAGCAGUGAUUGGCUGCUUCAGUCAACUUUGACAUACAGUAUCGUCGUCAUUGAUUGGCUGCUGCAGUCAACUUUGAUGCAGGGUCCUUGAGCAAUGGUUGACUGCUGAAGUCAAAUUGGACACUGUAUCAUUGGCUGCUGCUGUUGACUUGAUUUUUCCCCUUCACAAAUCUGCCCAGAACAUAAUUGUUUUUGUGAUUAAUGUAAAAAUUUCUUCAUUUGAAAUAUUCUUUCAAAAUGUUUCAAGUUGAAUUUUUUCCCUAGACUUCAUGCAUUUAAAUAAUUUUGCUAUACACAUCACAACAUAUCAUUAUUUACAUUGUAAGAUGUAAUUAUUGGAAUGUUAAAUUUGGGUUCAGAACCAGUCUAUGCUGUACAUAUUAAAAAUAGAUGAAGAGAUCUUUAUUUUGGUGUUUAUAAAGAAAAUAUUCAGGUAGUACAAUAAUUAUGUGAAAUAAAUAUAAUUAAUGAUAUGACAGUUAAUUAUUUGAAAGUCUUUUUAAACAUUUUAAAUAAAGUAAACUGGUGCAAAGUUUAAAAAAGACUAAAAUAAAUUCUUCAGAUUUAUGUCCAUUAGCUUUAUGUAAUUCUUUUCAAUCUGGUUUCAAAGAUAUCAAAACUUUCACUCGGAACCUCUAUGAUACACGACAGUGAUGCAUAAUGAGUCUGGAUCUGACAACACCAUAUCCAGGGUCAUGUUCUGGCGAUCUUUGCUCCAUAUUGUGAGUGUUGGAAAACAUGUAUAAAGGCUUUUGAAUGAAAAGUGACCAGCACUUGGCCCAAGAAGUGCUACCAUCAACACUGUAGUGUAUUGUACAGGAAUACAGUGGAACAGGAAUACAGUGAGGCAAUGGACUUAAGUUAUUCUUCAUUACAAUUGCUAUAUCAUAGCAAUGCAUUUAGGCCAAAAAUCUAUAAAUUGCCAUAUUUAUUAUUAUCAGGAGUACAAGAAUGUUUGUUUUAAGAUAUUCCUUUUUUUCUUUGUUUAAUUCAAUGCUUCAGUUUUCAUCAAGAGCAUUCCCAAAUUGUGUUUCCAGGUAUGUAACAAAACUUGUGUUAUUCAUACGCCAUCAAGCAUCUGUUUCAAAUGGAUCUAUAUAGUAAAUUAUUCAGACUAGUAAUUUUUUUUUAUUUUCCUAAUAUAUUGAAGCAGCAUUUUCAUUUGUCAUUGAUGAAUGGUACUGUAUCUUAGGUGGUCUUAUAAAUACUUAAUUACCUGAUCUAUUGUUUCUCUUCAAGCUUAUUUUCGCCUUGAUGUUAUUUGAUUAAUCUGCAGUGAAUCAAGGUUUUAUCUUUAAAUAUGUAUUCUAAUGUUUUAUAAAACUUACUGUACAGACACCUGCAGGCUCUUCUGAACAUUUAAAAUAAAAAAUGUAACACAACACUUUUUCAGGUUGGUGUAGAUGAGAUAACAUACUGAUAGUUGAUCGUUGAUGAUGUGAUAUACUUCAGUUACCUGUCAUUUUUUGAGAGAUGAAUGAUCUUUAUCAAUCACAAGAAAUUGUUACACUUCAGCAGAUUGUUUGAAAAGCAAACUGAUGUCGACAUAUAUAUAUCUAAAUGUUUAAUAUCCUGGUUCACACAUAGAAAGGGGAGAAUUCAAACGUACAACACAAUAUUCUGUGUAGUUAUGAUUUUUGGGGUUACUUUAAUAUUCUGAAAUUUAAAUAGUUAAUUUGUCAAGUGACACAUUUUUAUUGACAUUGUUUCCUUGUGAAUGCUAUCUUUGUUAAUAUUCGUGAAUUGUCAUCCACUUUGAUCACCGUUCUGUAGUAAAUCAAUGGUUGUCGGCAUUCCUUGAUGUUUGAGCAUUAACAGAUUGAUCUUUGAAACAAUAUAUGUUACAUCCUUCCAAUUAGAUAUUUUUGUUUGUUUUGUGUAACUUGGUGCUACAUCAAUAAAAUAGUGGGGCCACACCAAAUUGGUAAGUACUUCCCGGAGAAAUGGAUACAGAAGUAAAGAGAAGCAAGUGGGCUUUUAUAUUAGAUUUAUCUCUAUUGAUGUUUUAAUUGAAUGGUACAAGAUUGAAAAAGUAUUCAGAAAAAAAAUGCUCUGAACUAGGUAUAUAUGGGAACAAAUCUUUGUUGCACCCUUUUACAUGUAUUUGGACUGGAAUGCUGAAAAGAAUGGUUUAAACAUCAUUUGAACCCUUUCGGAUUUUGAUUUAGUUGGUAGUAUGAUCAAACCUGCUCAUAUAUGACACUUCUAUUGAGGUAACCUUUCUUUUGAAGAGAAGACUUAAGAUGUUCCCCAUUGUAGUGAUUUCUUUGUGAAACAUACCACCUUCUUGGUUUGUUUGGAAGGUGGUCUCUUUACAUGUAUAUAGGUUUAAUACAAAAAUAUCUACUGAAUUUUAACAUAAAAAGAGUAUUUAUUAUUUAAUGCCCUUUUAAUUCCUUUUUUUUCUUGAACUAAGCAUAUCUUUUAUUGAUAAUCAUUUAUAUACAACAAAAAGUCUUGAUUUAAAAAUUAUGCCCAUAGAUAAACCUAAUGUGAAUAUACUGAUCAGUAUGAACAAAGAUAGUCCUAUUUCAAUGGGUGCUCACAUUGGGGAAGGGGAAGGUGUGAAUCCUAAUGCUGUAAAAGAAGUCAUGCAAACUUUGUGUCCAGAUUCGUGUUUCCAACACCUCUUUCUGUGUUAAGUAAAACAGACACUCCCUUAUGUGUUUAUAUGGAAACCGCAAAUACACCCAUCACUACAAAAGUGUAAUGUAACAGCAAUAAAACAAGGACUUACAUCCCUACCACCAUUCAUGAUCGUCUUGGGUCUGUUUAAGUAUCCUUGUCACUCGAUGCUCCCUGUCAAGUUUCUAUACAUCUGUAUAUCCUAGUCAUCAAUAUGCCUACUGUUACCUGUUGUACAAAUCUGUGUCAUUCCAGUCUCUAAGUGACUGGCCAUGGUUUGUACUGUACUUUUGCAAAAAGGCAAAACCAUUUUUUAAUUAUUUUUUUUAGUAAAAUAUUUAGAAUAUUACCAAUCUGCAAUUUUUAUUUUUAUUCCUUUUUCUCAAAUUCCAAUUUAAGGAGCAGGAAAUCCCAGUGAACUAGCUAUCAAAUUGGUGUGGCCUAUACAAAAUACUUUCUGUGAAAAGUCAUUGUGGUGUUACCUCACUGAAUACCUAUUUAUGUUUUUCAUUGUUCAGUUGAGUUUGUUUCUUCCUUAAAUUGUGUUUGCCAGUUGAUUGGGUAAUAUGAUAUAGUUCUUGUCUGCAAUGAAAAUCUGAAGAGGUAUAGAAAUAUGUGUUUCUAUAUAUAGAUUGGGUAAGUACCUGAUGAUUUAUCUAACACAGUAGUAUUUAACAUAUUUUGCUCUUAAAUAUUUCUAGGCACAUUGUUCUGUUCGUAGGGAAAUUUACUUUUUUACUUCUGAGAAAUCAGUCGAUUGUAGAGUUAUUCCCCUUUCUAUAAUGAGGUAGACAUUUUCUGGAUAGUUGUUGGACCAUCCAGCAGUGCUUCCUGAACACAACUAAAUAUACUAUCACUGCAAACAAACAAGAACCGUUUAAGAGGAGGUUUUACACAACCUCCUAGUUUGUUUAUAUUGAUAAGUGCUAAUUUAGUUGGAAGGAUGAUUGUGAAUUUAUGGUAUGUUUUAGAAAGCUUCAGAAAAACCAAAAAAGAUAUUAAGACUUAUUACCCGCUACCUUACCGUCAAACAAACAAUAUCAAGGUUGACAGAUGACCAUGAUUUUGAAAUUAUUUUAAUACAUUUCAAGGUUUAAACUAUUUGAAGCAUUUGUACAUUGACACAUUUUUUUGGCCACAAGUAGUAUUUAGCAUGUACGUUGACACUGAACAUAAUUAUAAACAUGUGCAAUGCACGCUGGAACUGGUCACACUAUAUUCUCAGUGGUUGGAUUGAAUGGUUUGUGAGAGAACUCUUCUUGUUUGCAAGGAAACUGAGAGGAUAUAUGUACAGUACAUGUAUUUUUGUUGGAUAUAGUUAUUUUGUUAUUGUAGAUGUGUUAAUAAAUACAUCUUGUCAUCCGAA